AUGGUUAACCGAUUACCAGCAAGCAUCUCUAGAAAGGAGUGCUUACCACUUGAAUUAGAGGGCUGUUACCUGUCAGAAGCAGGGAUCUUAAGCCCCAGUAAUGAAUUGUUAGUGGUUGAGAGGGGGAAAGGAAGGCAAGUCAGACUACAGACCCAACCAAAACCUCUGCCUGGACAGUCUCCACUCUAUUCUGGGACCUUUGACUGUUUCCAAAAGACUCUUGUUAAAGAGGGAGUGCGAGGUUUGUAUAAAGGAAUGGCAGCUCCGAUUAUUGGAGUGACUCCCAUGUUUGCUGUGUGCUUCUUUGGAUUUGGUUUGGGGAAAAGACUGCAGCAGAGGAACCCUGAUGACAUUCUGACAUAUCCCCAGCUGUUUGGUGCUGGCAUGUUAUCUGGAGUGUUCACAACAACAAUCAUGGCUCCAGGAGAGAGGAUCAAGUGCCUUUUACAGAUCCAGGCUGCUUCAGGUGAAAUUAAAUAUGGCGGCCCAAUGGAUUGUGCGAAACAGCUGUACCGUGAGGCUGGAAUUCGAGGCAUAUACAAGGGAACUGUGCUCACCCUCCUGAGAGAUGUUCCAGCCAGUGGAAUGUACUUCAUGACGUAUGAAUGGCUGAAAAACAUUCUGACCCCUGAGGGGAAGAGUGUCAGUGACCUCAGCGUGCCUAGAAUUCUCUUUGCUGGGGGCAUGGCAGGGAUCUUCAACUGGGCUGUUGCUACUCCUCCUGACGUCCUGAAAUCCCGCUUCCAGACUGCUGGUCCAGGGAAGUAUCCCAAUGGUUUUAGGGAUGUGCUGAGGGAGCUUAUCCGCGAGGAAGGAAUCUCAUCUCUGUACAAAGGAUUCACAGCUGUUAUGAUCAGGGCCUUUCCUGCUAAUGCUGCCUGCUUCCUUGGGUUUGAAGUUGCUUUGAAGUUCCUUAACUGGAUUGCACCAAGUGUUUGAAGACUAGGAAAUGCCCUCCUGGGACAGUAAGCAAGGCCAUGGAGCUGGAUUACAGGGAUGACCUGAGAAAGCACAGGAAUGAUGAGUUUUCUAAUCCACAUUGCCUUACUCACACCCUCUGGGGGGUGUAAUAGGUGCCAUUCUGAACCCAGAGCCAUAACUCUGAUGCAGAGUUCUCCUGAGGAGUAGGACGUAUGAAAACACUUACCAAAUGCACCAUAGCAGUAAUGCUGUUAAUAGACACCUAUUGCUAUUACCCAGUGGGAGUCCCUAAGUACUUCCUCUGGAAGAAGGGAAGACUCUCUUAAUUUCUUUCUUUACUAAAGAAGCAGUUAGUGCUGAAAAUGUCUUUCAGACUAGCAAUUACCAGCCAGCAUGCACUUACAGUCUCAGGGUAUAUAUAGCUUGACACUUGAUUGCAAGUGUUGAGGUAAGGGACUGUUUUCCAUCAGUUAUAGAUACUGUCUCAUCCGCUGUUAGCACGUUGAUGGUGCCUUUAUUUGAUGUGCCUGUAAUGGGGGGGAGGGGGAUGUAGACCAGAAUAGAUUUUAGCUAAAUGAUAUUAAUUCAGGGGUGGGGGAAUAGGGAGAAAUGAUAACACAUUAUGAAGGACCUUGUAUGGUGAUGACCUUGGACUGAUGGUGCACUGUGGAACUAAGUGAAUUAUGCCCGUAUUCCUUAACUAAGCACCACCACCACAGUUAGCAGAGAAACAAAUUAUAACUGAUCUUAUCCAUCUUCGAAGUCCUUUCUUCCCCCUCUGAAAUUCCUGUGGUACUUCCUGGUUCGUUGACUGUAUCUCAGCACACAACGUUACAAACCCUGUAUGAUUCACUGCAAUCUAUAUUUCAUCUGAUGUCCCUGAAGAAUGGUUUCUGGGAGAUACUGGCCUAGUAAGUACCAGGGGGAUUUCCAGGUGGGAGGAGACCAACUUAUUUUGGUGUUGAAUUCCAUCUCUAGCUUACUAAAUAGGGACAGUCAGCCCUGGGUCUGUGUUUGCUUCUGCUCCUCAGCAUUAAGAGAUCUUGUUAAACAACCGAUUUGGAGUUGAUGGGAUUGAUACAAGGGACAGGUAGGACAUUCUGUAACCUGUUCCAGUUGUGAGUAAAAAUAAUCCUGUCUUAUCAGGACUCAAUAAAGAUUGCUGCUGCACAGCUAGAAUGCA